AUGUUUAUUUUUUUUAGCAAAAAUAAGCGUAAUUCUCGUCAUCGUGUUGCUUUUUCUGACUAUUCCUACCGACGACUUGCUUCGACUUAUCAACAUCAUAUUCGACCGCCGUUGUUUAAUUACAGUUUUUAUCGCCCUAUUUAUUAUAAUGAUUUGGACCAGCCGUCUCGACUUGAAAGAAUUAAUGAUGUUCAUGUUGAAGGUAUUACUUCGACUAAUGUUGGACUUGGGCAACAACAGCAAGGACAUUCACAGGAGGAACUUUGCCAGGAUGGACUUUCUCAAGAAAAUCUGGACACAGUCUCAACAAUUUCAUCCGCAUCAGAAGAUCACAAAGCGCCUCCUUUUCUUGAUGAGUCGCGACUGCUUAAUUGUUCUGCAACCAAGAAGCUUCGUUUUUUGCCACAGUAUUUUGAGAAGAUUUAUGCUGCAAAUAAGGAGUGGUUGUCUAACAAGAAGAAUAAGAAGAACAGCAUUAAAAAUUCCAACUCAAGCCUGUCUUCUUCUGGAUCUUCGGCUGAAUGUAUUAUUUCUCGUCUUUGUUCUGAAUUUGCGGGAUUGAAAAUUUUUGAUUGA